AUGGUCGAGCAAUCCCAUACCGCCGGCUGGUGGCCGCGGCUCUACGAACCCUUCCAGACCCUCGGCCAGAAGGUGGCCGACUGGUUCGCCCCGCGCUCCGACGCGUCGACCCUGGAGGACGCCUACGAAAUCAACGUCGAACUGCCCGGCGUCAAUCCCGAUGACGUCGACGUCUCGAUCCACAACAACAGCCUGAUCGUUCGCGGCGAGAAGCGCCAUACGCGCCAGGAGAAGGGUCGCACCUUCUUCUUCUCCGAGCGCGAGUACGGCCUGUUCCAGCGCUCCUUCCGGCUGCCGCCGGAUGCCGACGCCGACAGUAUCGAUGCCAGUUUCAGCGACGGCGUGCUCUGCCUCAAGAUCGCCAAGCAGGAACCCUCCAAACCCGCCGGCAAGAAGAUCGAGGUCUUUCCGAACCACCGGGCGCGUCGCGGCGCGGCGCGCCACCUCGACGAAGCCCUCGUCGAGGAAGGCGGCAAGCGUGCCGGGAAAGAGAUCGCCGGAGCCGGGCUUCCUGCGCGCCGCGCGGUCGACCGGGUAGGCCUCGACCGCCACGGCGCCCUGCCUGCGGGCAUGCUCCACCGCCGCGCGGACCAGCCGGCGCAGCAGGCCCUGCCGCCGGUGUUUCUUGGCCACGAUGAAACAGUUCACCGACCAGACGUCCUUGUCGUCGACGGCGGCGAAGCUGCGGGAGCGGUUCAGCCGGUCGAAGACCCGGCGCGGGGCCACCCCGCACCAGGCGGCCGGCGCGCCCUCCGCAUAGGCGAUCAGCCCCGGCGGCGGGCCGCGUUUCACCAGCUUGCGGAAGAACGCGCGGUUGCCGCUGUCCCAGCCGGCGCGGUAGUCCGCGUUCGAGCAGUACCAGUAGGCGCACCAGCAGCGGGAGGCAUCGCCGCAGUCGUUGAACACCGCUUCGGCAUCCUCCAGGCGUUGCGGCGUGAGCGGCUCGAAGGUCAGACGGUCGGGCAUGAGGGCAGUCUGCGGCAAAGACAGCGGCGCGGCAAUCGCCCCGGGCGGACCCGGUCCCCCUUUGAGGCCGCCGGCCCCUUUCGAUAA